AUGACGACGUCGGAGGCGCACGUCUUGGUGGUGGGGAUCAUAGGGGGUACCUUCAAGGAGGGCAGGCUCCUCCUGUCGCAGCUCCUGGACUAUGACUUUGAGCUAGGGUCCCUGGGGCCCAGCCUGGAGAGCCAGCCCCAUGUCAAGGGCUGCCCACUGAUGGAGGGACUGGUCUACGGGUAUCUGGACUCUGCCACAAACACACUCUACCUCCAGCUGUGCGCCUUCGACCCCCUCAGGGUCCCUGGGGCCCGGUCGGCGCCCCCGGGGCCCCCGACCCGCCGGUCCUCCCAGGAGGCCUCCCUGCGGUGGAUGCUGGCGGCAUUAGUCACCUUCCUGUCGUGCCACAUGGUGCUGGUGCUGCAGCGGGGCCCCACGCUGGACGUCACCCUGCUGCACAAGUUCAGGAACCUGCAGGUCAUAAAGGACGCCUUGGGGCCCUUCGUGUCCAGCGCCUUGGGACCCGCCCAAGAUCCACACCAUGCUUCCCAGAAUGCCAGAAUGGCCAGAGGCACCCAAAGGGAGGGAAGGACGCCCCUGCUGCCAGGCCACUGCAUACCUUGGGCCAUGUUCAUCUUCCAAGACGACCAUCCCAGCGAGUGGCCUGCUGAUGACAACCCCGAGGUCUGUGGGGAGCCCAACCGGAGGGGGAGGACGGAUCCUGCUCAGAUCGUGCAGGAGCGGCUCACCAGGAGCGUCCACGAGCUCCUGAAGGGGUGCAAAGUGCCGGCGGCCGCGCCCACGGCCAGGCCUCUGUUCACGACGCAGAUGUCCAUGCUGUGCGCGGUGGUGUGGGGCCUUAGGCGCCAGCACGCGGACGACAACUGGGGCGAGAUAUUUGGCGAGUCGUGGGGGGAGGGGUGCGAGGAGGGGCAGGAGCCCGGGGGUCCCAAGAGCAAGGGCACAGACAGGAUAUUGUGGGCCAUGCGCAAGAGGAGGGAUGCCAUUCGCGCUGCAGAAGGGCAAGAAUGGCUGGCGCAUCUUCCCCAGGCUUCGGGCGUGCUGCGUGCCUGGCAGCGCCUGCAGAUGGCCCUGCUGAUCGCUGCCUCCCGUGUGGCAGCCGCGGUCCCAUUAAUGGAAGCCGAUCAGAUACGACCUGUGCCCUCGCCACCCCCAAAGGAUGCCGGUCCUGAAGAGGUGCAGAAAUGCCUCGAGGAUUCUGUGGCGUGGCUGAUGGGAUGCAUCGACCCCAUGGCGGCCAUGUCGGGGAAGCUGUGCCUUGAGGCCAAGGCCAAGGCCAAGGGGAGAUAUUUGAAGAUGGUGCCAGAGCUGUACACUAGGGCGGUGCACGAGCGCGCCCUGCAGUCCGCCGUCGACCACUACAACGCCUCCGCCCGCGGACCAGCUUCCGGGCAGCUCCUGGACCAGCUUCGCUCUGAGUGCGCCGAGGAGUGGCGGUCUGGGCGGCAGCGCUGCGAGAGGCACAGCCUGACGGGCCGGCCGUGCGUCCGGGCCCUGAGGCCCAUACUGUCGCAUGUGCCUGAUGGGCACGAGGGGGAGGGGGCCAAACACAUAUAUGAGGUCAGCCUGUCCUGCCCGCACAGCACCAACUGCGAGUUCCGGCACGCCAGCGCAAGCGGCGCCAUCCGCAGGCAGCGCGGCGACCCCUUCACCUUCCUGGACGCCAACGUCACCUUUUACGCGGACUGCGCCUCCGACGAGCUGGCCUCGCAAAGCUCCACACUGACGGCCACGCCACAUCACGCCCAG